AUGGCGUUCGGAGCCGGUCUAACUUCGAGCAAAAGCUACCUCUAUUUCUCGACACUGCACUUCUUAGCCUUUGUCUUUGCUGUGACUGUUUGUGGUCUCUAUGGUGUCGAGCUGGACCGCGCAAGGAAGGCCGACAAGUACGCAGAUUCGAAAUGGGUAUUCGCGGUCGUUGUUGGCGGCCUGUCAGCUUUGAGCUCUAUCCUCUUCUGCAUCCCGUUCAUCCUCCGGUUCGCCUUCAAGUGGGUGUGGGACUUUGUGCUCUUCAUCCUCUGGACCGCCGUCUUUGGCGUUUUUGCAAACAUGUACAUCCACGAGCACCCCGAGGGUAACAACGAUAUCCGUCGGAUGAAGCACGCCGUCUGGGUGGACCUUGUCAACAUGCUUCUCUGGCUCGUCAUCGCUGUUUCUGCGUUGGCCUACUGGUUCAAGCAUCGCCAUACCAGAAGCCAGUUUACUUCUCGCGCCAUCGUCUAG